UAGAGGAGUAGUAACUGCUUUUCACUUGUAGUUAAGAAUUAAAUGUGAAUUGAACUAAAGCAGUAGUUUCGAUUACGAGCAUCAAUCAAAAUGGUAUGACAAUUUCCAGGAAUGCAGCUUUAACCGCCAAUCUCCAAUUGAACUAAAUUCCAAUGAGGCCGUGAUAUUCCGUUUGCAUCGAUCGUCUGCAAAUUACUGAAUACCUACCACUUCUCGAAGGGUCGCGCUCCCACAACUAGAUAAUUCUCCAUCUGUUCUUCCCAACGAAGUGCUACCAUUUCGUAUGACAUGCCACAGUUGGGAUUCAUACACUAUGACGUGCCGUAUAUGAAAGCCGUUAGAACCGAGAAUAACGGUCAUACAGCGAAUAUACAAUUGCCAACAACACGAUCGGAUGCCGCUUACAUCUCUGGUGGUCCACUGCCCAAUGGCACAACUUACAUAAUGGAAAGUUUGCAUUUCCAUUGGGGCUCCAAGAAUACUCACGGCUCCGAGCAUGUGCUCAACAGCGAACGCUACUCCAUGGAGAUGCAUCUGCUGCAUCGAAACACAAAGUACGAGACGGUGGAAGUGGCGCGCAACUACGAGGAUGGUUUGGCUGUGUUGGCGGUGCUGUACGAAGUGAAGGCGAAUGCUACUACCGACUUUGAAGGCUUGAACGAGGUCAUUAAUGUUUUGGAGUCCAUUUCCGAAUUUAAUCGCUCCACCGAAAUCGAUGAUUUCCUGCUUUCUGUUUUACUCGGGGAUUUGGAUACUUCUGAAUUCUACACCUAUGCAGGCUCCUUGACCACACCACCAUGUUCGCAGGCCGUUACUUGGUUAGUGUUCGCACAACCAAUCACCAUAACGUCCAGCCAAAUGACGCGUUUCCACAAAUUGCAGGAUGAUCACGGCAUUGCCAUGGAAAAUAAUUACCGCGCUCUUCAAGCGAAGGGCAAUCGGAAGGUUUAUCUGCGCAAGACGCGUAGAGUGCUGGAGUCAACGGUGCAAUCGCCACUCUACUGGGAGUUGUUGAAGAAACUGAAGCCGCAGGAAGACGAAGCAGCGGAUUCGAGGAAAUAAGGGAUAAAGGCGGAAGAGAGAGACAACAGAGACAUUUUGAGGAAUAAUUUAAUAAACUAAGAAGCCUGUAAGACUGAUUAUGAAACGUGACAAAACCGCAAUAGCUAAUAAAGAAUAUAUCAAAUCUUA